AUGGAGCAGAGAAGUUCCUUACUAAUCCUCGGUUAUGUUCUCAUUGUUGCUUCAGUUUCACCACAAACGUGCAUACAUAACGGGAGAAACUUCGAAACCAACACGGCUCAAGAUGGCUUCUACAGCAGUUCCAUCGGACAAGAACCUAGUCGAGUCUACGCGGCAGGGAUCUCUAGAGUAGAUGCAAAUGAUUGUUCUGCUUGUAUCAAGGGUGCAUUUGGGUGGUUAAUACAAGAUUGUACUAACCACACAGACGCGUAUUACUUGGCAUUUGAUCCAAUUCUUUGCCUUGUCUGUUUCAGGAUCAGCAAGUUAUUGGGAGAUUGUACCGCAGUAUUUGGUCAUGAACGCUGCAAAUAUCAACUCAAAUCUAAUAGAGUUCUGUGA